AUGGAAAAGCUGGUGCUGGCGCUGCUGUGCUGCUGGGUUGCCGUCUGCUUGGCAUACGAUCGGCUCGAACUCCAGUAAUUUCCCUUCAUGGCUUGAUUUAAAUUUAAAUGCAGAAGUUGGAAUUUUCAUAGGCACGCAAUUUCCAGACUUCUUUGUUCAAAACUAUUCUUCGCAAAAAGGAGAAAUCAAAAUUAUUGGAAAAACUUACAGAGACCGAAUGGCAAUGUCGAGAUUCCACGACGCACCGAAGGCUGGAAACCCUCAGUCCGUUUUUGUCUUUGUUUCUAAUUCUUAUUUUACAGUUUUAUGAUUCGGGAAUUUACAGAGAUCUUUAUCUCAACUAUCUGUCGGAGUUCUUUGGCCGUCCUUCCGGUGUCGAGGGUCAGCAACGUCGUUUCCGACCGCUUUGA